AAACAAAAGUCCUAUAUAAAUGCAAAUAAAUGUUCAUAAAAAUUUUCAUCAAACGAAGCUUCCUGGAACUUGCAAUGGAACUAACACUUGGCCAACCAUUUAAGCACCCCACUUUCUCCCCUCCUUCCCCUCAGUUUCUAUCUUCUUCUCUUUCUUCACCUACCCCAAUUUAUUUGCAUUAUUCCUUCCUGUUUUCUUAAAUCAUCAUGAAACUUAUCAACAGGUUAAGUCCCAAACGUCUCUUUCGAUCUAAUAAAAAGGACCGAUUCGUCGUCUCCAAAUUGGACCCUUCGUCGUAUAGUUCCGGUUCUGCUACGUCCUCGUCUUCUUCCUCGUCAGAAUCCGUGCCUUCGGUCCACAAAGGAAAUCAGUACCUUUCGACCGGUACUGCUGGUUUCGGAACACCCACCAGCGUUCUUCCGGAAAUAUCAGGUGACUGGUCGGAUUUUUCCGCUAAUUUUUAUCUAGAACUUUGUCAAGCGUUUAAAAUAAUAGACAAAGACAACGAUGGCGUUAUAACGAGAAGCGAGCUCGAGGCUUUGCUUAGCAGGGUCGCCAGGCAGCCGCUCAGCCGAGAAGAGGUUUCGCUGAUGCUGAGCGAGGUAUAUGGCGACGGCCAUGGGUGCAUCAGCCUGGAAACGUUGAUGAGCCAUGUGGUUUUACCGGCUUGCGACGAACCAGCUUGUGAACCGGAGCUGAGGGAGACUUUUGAUAUUUUUGAUACGGAUCACGAUGGGAAGAUCACGGCGGAGGAGUUGAUGGCGUUUUAUAAGGAGAAAAUUGGUGAUGAGCAGUGCACGUUAGAGGAUUGCCGGCGCAUGAUAGCCAGUGUUGAUAAGAAUGGAGAUGGGUUCGUGUGCUUCAAGGACUUCUCCAGAAUGAUGGAGAUGCAGAGAUGAUCGUGGUUUGGGGUUUUAUCCACAGUGUGUUAUUGAUAAUCGUGUGACGGAGAUGUUCUUGGUUUAAUGUGGAAAAAGAGAAAUUAAAUUUUCUGAUUUAUUUUUUAUUUUUAUUUUUCCUUUAAAUUUCGUGUAAGUGGAUUUGGGAUGUUAAAUAUCAGUACGGUAGAUCGAUCAGAGUCAGGUGGCUCAAAUUGAUUGAUCUGAAGGCACAAAAUGUGCUUCUCUACCGUACGGUAUACAUAAGACCGGAAGAAAAAAAAUCAUUUUUUAUGGUCAAAUUAUGUAACAUUUAUCUGUAUUUUAGUUAAAAGUGAA